AUGCCUGAGAAUCGAAGCGUCAAAGCCGCCCUCGCACUGAUCGACCAAGACCCUACUAAGAUUCUUGGCUUGACAGUAGGACCUCACGCAAAUGUGAAACCAGGACAAUACAUCCCCAGGGCUGACGCCCAAUCCCACCCCACACUCACCUUCGACGUCCCCUCCCCGUCAGCAACUUACAUGGUCGUUAGUCUUGACAUCGACGCCCCAUUCCCCUCCUUCGGGGUACUCGGACCUAUCCUCCAUUGGAUACAACCGGGACUCAAAGCCAGGAACGGCCAGUUGGAAGUCACCAAACCGUUCGUUGCGAACUAUAUCGGACCCGCACCGCCUCCGGGUAGCUCGCCGCAUCGGUAUAUUUUUUUUCUGUAUGAGCAGCUGGAGACUUUUGAUGGGAAGAAGUAUGCGCCGCCGGAUGGACAAAACCUGAGUAAUUGGUAUCGCAUGCGGUAUGAUCUUGAUGCGUGGGAGAAGGAGAUUGGGCUGGGUUCGGUGUUGGCGGUUAAUUAUUUUACGAGUAAUUAG